AUGACCGAUGGUGUAGUGAUAUCCGAGCUAGCAGGGGUGGGUGUAGAGUCAACAUCGCUCGACGAGGAAAUUACAUCCGAGCUGGAUGUAGGAGAGGGGAGAACUUCUGUUGGAGUGACCGUAGACGAGAUAGUGAUAUCCGUUGAGACCUCAACCGAUGGAGAGACAACAUCAGAAACCGUGCUUGUGGUAGAAGAAGAACUCUCGAUAACAGGAGUUGAUGCAUCAGGCGACGUGAUUGUGACAGUCUCAGUAGAAGAGACCGCAUCUGGAGUUGCGGUAAUGGUCGAUGAGGGAGUCUCCGUCAAGAUAGUUUCCGAUGGGGUAGAGAGCUCAGAGGAAGACGAGGAAGAGAUUUCAGGGGUAACAAUUGCAGACGAGGAAGCGAUUUCCGAAGUGACGACUGAGGAUGAAGGCAGAAUAAUACUCUCGGACGAGGCAUCAGCAGACGAUGAAGCAAUGAUCGGGGAGGAAGAGGCAUCGGAUGAAGCCACAGACGACGAUACAACCACCUCAGAAGACACGAUAGGAGUGGAAGACACCACAACAACCGAGGAAGAUACUGUAGGCGUCCGGGAAGCGCUGCUAGACCUCGUAGGCGAAACAGAAGACGAAGUCGACGACCCCACGGAGCUAGACGCCGAGCGAGUGGAAGAAGUCGUCCGGCCAGUAGUUGAGCGUGUAGAUAUCGUACGAGUAGAAGAAGACCUAGCAGAGGAACUCCUCGUAGACGUUGUGCGUAUAGAAGAGCUUCGCGCAGACGUUGACCGAGUCGAAGACGAUCUCACAGAGGAUGAACGAGCCGAAGAAGACCGGACAGAACUAGUAGUCGGUCUAACCGAGCUAGAAGAAGAGCGAACAGCCGACGAAGAACGAGUGGAAGUCUGGAGUGUGGACACAAUAGCGGAAGAGCGAGCAUUAGGGCAGGUACCAAAGUCAGACUUGCAACCAGUACCGCAAUGUGCGGUAGUAGAUCCACACCAACCAUACUCGGAGCAGCAGUCUCCGAAGCCAGAUCCGGCACAGGUGUAG